AUGUUUGGGGACCACGGAGGAGGGCUGCGCGGACGGUUUGCCGAAAUCUGGCUGGUGUGUAAUAAAAGCGACCAAUCUAGAUGCUCCAUCUAUCUCAUUCGACUCCCCACCCACAUCCAAUCUCAUAUUCACUCUUUGCCGCUUUCUUGGAUCGCUUCUGACGACCCAGGUAUAUUUAGCUUCCUUUUUUAGUAUGUUCAAAAAAGCUUCUGGGGUCUUUAUAAAACAGAUGUGAACUUUUUUUUUGAAUCUUACCUUGUUUAAAAGAUGGUGAGCCUUCAAAGGCCCUUGAAGCUGCUUUGAACAGACUAUUCACCUUCCUUUACUUUCAAAAUGACGUGAUUAGAAUUUUAGAUAUCUGAAUUUGGUCUACGAUUUUACACUUCAACUACCUUUCCGAACAUUCCAUCAAAUAUUUUUAUAAAACGUUUUCUGAGAUUUUUUUUUUGAAAAUCCUAACUUUCAGGUCAUUUUGAAGAUUUUCCCUUCGAACCUUUUCGAAAAAAAAUGCGUCAAACACACCAGCCAGUUUUUGUCAAACCGUCUGAACCUCAAGCCGUGGUCUUCUCAAGUUUUCUUCUGAAAACUUGAAAGAUUCGAACUUUACCAAAAUCUUCUUUUUCAGUUUCGACUGUGGUUUCUGCAAGGCUGAAGGUUCAGAUUGGGUCAAAAUUGAUCGGUUCUGGGGGUAGAUCACCUAAGCUCACCUAGAUCCUUGAGAAUUUGGGGGCUACCUUGUUAAAUGUUAGCUUUUCAGCCGCUCCACUCUACCAUGUCGGACGAAGAGGAACAAUAGUAGGUUAUGCGUUCAAGUUUCAAUUCUUACUCUUCCUACUCCUCCAACCCGUCCUCCAGCUCACCACUCUCCUACAGUAGUUCCGCCGCCAGUUCUGUAGGCUUUCGUAGGUCCUCAGCCAGCGGCGCGUCUUCACAUGGGUUAGGCUCUCGUUCAGAUUAUCCUUCAAUUAAUUAUCGCGAUCCUCUUCUGCGAGAGCCUUCCCAUCGUGAAUCGCUGCCGUCUCGGCUCUACCCGAGUAGAUCUCCUUCACAUCAUACCUUAGAUAGGCGGUCACAAAAUGAUGGGUUAGGUGGUAGAGUAACACGUGACGAGCAGACAAAUUCAUUGCUCGAGAGGUACGGUAGUGGGGGUAGUCAACGUAAAAGUUCGAUAGGUGAGAACCCGACCCUUCAAUAUCUGAAGCAACGCAGACAACAGCAGUCGGACUUGGACAAUGGGUUUACCGCGCGAAAGCAGUCGCUGGACGGUGUGGGAUACGCAGGUGUUGCCAUCGAAGGCAUUUUCGGCUCCUCGUUCCGAGACCAGCCUGGCACGUCUUUCGGCAGGGAAUCUAUCCGGCAAACGCCAGCCGAUGCUCAAGAUCUCAACCAAAACGAGUACAUGAGUCGUCUCAUGGCCGCUCACAAUCGUGUCGACGAACUUCUGAGGUCAAGAGGGCUUCCUGGCGAGGAUGAACGCAAAUACUUGCGAGCUUGGGAAGAAAUUCCAAUACCAGUCAUCCGGGAAGAACGUCUUCGAAGGUUGCGGACGCCGAGCAGCUCCAGCGAUUCAGGUCUUUCCACUGACAAUGACAGCGACCGGAGCAAUGCAGAAGCUGUGCCGAGCGUCAUCAACGUCCCAGUAUCAGCAGAAGAUGAAGAGACUCCAGAAGCAGUUGAAGAGACUCCAGAAGCAGAUGAGCCUGAAGAAGCGGAUAGUGAAACGUCCAUUUCUGGAAAGGAAGAAUCUGAAGAAUCGGCUUGCGUCAUACCAUUAAAGCGGUCUCUAGAGCGGGUGACUUUCACUUGCACUGCUUCAGUUACUCGUAGAGCUCAAGUUCAGUUGAAACUCGAAGUGAAAUCGCCAUUCAAAAGGACCACCUACACAAUGCCGAUGAAUUCCAGCGUGAAGGAAAGCGCAGAAGUUCAAUGUAUGGCGGCGACUUUUGUGAACGACAACUGCUCUAAAGUUCUUCGUGGAGUUCCUGCCAGAGCUUCUUUGACAUCAGCUUUUCCUCUCAAGGUAGCCUGGUCCAGAGUGAGGGCAAGUUUCGAAGAAGCAAAUCCAGUCCAAUCUCCAGCCAAGAAUGCGUUGCUGCAACGGAGGAAGACCUAUGAAGAAAAUGUGGGAGUCCAGCAGAAAAACGUUUUGGCGAGCCUGAAGAGGAAAAAGCUGCCAGCCGUUCCGAGUACGGCCGAAAUAUCGAUACAGCAUUGCAGCUUCUACACGCAGACCGCUAAGGACAACUUUUCGGAGAAGAAUGUUCGCAUCAACUUGAGAUUGACAGAAAGGGCUCCGAAAGACUGUACUGCUGUCAUCAGUCUUCCAGCUCCUCCAAAAGUUGCCUAUGCAAGAUUGGACGUCGUCAUCAAGAAGCCAGAGCCACCAAAACGGUCACAAACCAGUCAGCUACCUCGUCCUGCUAAAAAAGUGGUUGGAAAACUGGAUAGGUCGUUCACUACAGAUCUCAGCUUGGACAAGGAGAAAGAGCAGCGCAAGGUGAACAGGUUGAUCAUACCUGAAUAUUUCUUGCAAAGCUCAGCCGAAGCUCUGGAGGACUUGAAAGGUAUGCGUGACACGUUGAAGAGAGUCCCAAUCAUUGGCGGCUUCCUGGUCACGCCGAAGCCAAAAGGACCUGCUUCCCAACUCCGUCGAGCUGGAGCCAUUCGUCGUCGACCACCUCCCUCUAAGGAACAUACAGCUCCUUAUCUCGAUUUUCUGCCUCCAACAUCACCAGGAGCCAGGGGUUCAGUGCCUGAGAUCAGAAUCCAAAGACCACCUGAUCCAGAUCCUCCGCCCAUACCGAGACAACAACCAUCCAACGCCUUCGCAGGUUAUUUAAACUUGCAUGGCUCCCUAGAGCGUUCCGCGACGUCUAGAGGAGCCGUAAAAUACGAGUCAAAAAAACAAUUCGCGGAACUGUCGGAAACUGAUCGAAUUCUCAUUGAACAAUAUCGUCGCAAACUUCACAUUCCUUGCCCGCGGGCCAUCAUCCGCGCUUUGUCGCCAAUACAAGCCAUCAAAUCAUUCACUGCCCACCUGAAAGAACGGUGCCAGUCGCCUCCUCGAGCCAAGUUCAUCCAGAGAGCGCCGCCUCGUCAAUUGCGGCCGAAAACUCCGGUUAGAGCCGAAUCGCCGCCUCGGCUUCACCGCGUUGUCCCUCUGCGAAGCACUGUCCAGCGAGCAAAUCACCUCGACUUAUCGAUCCAACUCAAGCGCGUUGACAUUGAAAAGCACAAGCUACGCAAAAAACCUCUGAAACGGUGCAUUAAAUGGAUUCCGCGUUGGCGGAAGAAGUGGUAAGAUCAAGUUGAGAAUCGAAAAAAAUGAAAAUGAUCACUUGAGGGACUCAUGAAAAGUUCGUGUGUUUCAAAAAUCAGUUUAAAGUGUUUGGAUGCAUCAGAUUCGAAGAAAAUCGACUUUAAAAAAAGGAAGCUUCAAAUUUACAGUUUCUUGUUUUAAUAAGUGCCUAGGAGUCACCUCGAAAUAGGGAAGAUUUUGCGGCGUUAAUAAUGUUCUCAUAUCUCUUAAGUGGUCAUUUCUCAAGUCUCCCUAUGGAAUUUUCAAAAUUUAGGCCACUGCAAACCAUGAUUUACAGCACCGACGAGGAGGUUGAAGAAGUAGAAGAAGAAGAAGAGGAAGAGCAAGAACAACAGGAAAAACCUGCCAGCAUCGAAGACAAGCCUGAGAGGUUUUCUAUUAAUUUUCUCUUGGGUAUAGCCUUUCGAAGUUCUGUUUUUGUAGCAUUCCAGCAUAAUUUAACAAAAAAACAUUUGGAUUUUCUCAUUUUGAUAUUCUCAUGAUAACUAGUAAAACUUGAAUAAUAAGUUUUGAUGCUCACGACGUCCUCUAUUCUGAACUUUUGGCUGAAGAAGCUUUGAAAACUGCAAAAUUGUAACAUUUCUCACUUGAAAAAUCGCUGAGAUCUGUCAAAAUCUCGGCAAAUUGGCUUUUCAUUUAGCGAUAGCGUGUCAACAGGCUCACAAUCUCGCAAUAAAAUCAAUCGGUAAGCUCGCCCACGUAUUAUCCGAGCAAACAUCAAUAAAAUAACUCUCCCGUUUCCCCUUCCGAGUCCAAUAAACCAAGUAACCGAGAACAAAUAAAACCAUACCACAGAAUACGUUUUCAUUCGCUAACUUUUUCCCGUUUGUCUUUUUUUUUGGUUUUCCUGAUGAGAGUUAUGAUUUUGUUGAACUGAGAGAUAUAUUGAACUUAAUUUAUUGAGUAGAAAAAAUCCUCGAAUAACAGAUCUUCAGUUCAGAGUUGGAUUAAUUUCACCCACCAAAAUAAUUUCCCCAUAUUUUAAAGGGGUUAACUUGGUUUUUAGUAGUACUUAGCUUAACCUUGACCUUCCUAACAAGAUGAAGAACUUCGAAAAAAGGGAAUACUUUUCAGACCGAAGACCAAGUCCAUCACGGCUGAAGAAGAUGUUGAAGGUCUUACCGAAGGAGAAAAAGCCAUGGCGGUUGGUUUUUUCAGAUACUUAUUGCUCAAGUUUGCAUUAUGUCUAUUACGUUUCCUCGAUUAAAAGUUAGAAAGUUUUAAGCGAAAAAAUUGAAAACUGGUCAUAAACGACUUCCCUGUUUCAGGCUGCCAAGCGUCGCCAUGAAGAAGAGCAAGAAGCCAAGCUGAUGGACUACGAAGAAAGACGUCGCAUUGAGCGCGAAAAAGAAGAAGAGGAGCUGAAGAAGCUCAAGGAGAAGCAAGAACGUCGCAAGCUUGAACGCGAGCAGGAGGAGAAGGAGCAGGAAGAGCGUCGUCGUACGGCGGAUGAACGUCGUCGUCAGGAAGAGGUGAGUUUUGGCUUAGAAUUGCUCAGGAUGCUGAAAAAUGGCAAGAAUCAGUUUAACAGAAGCAAGAAAAAGCGGGAAAGGCUUCCAGUUCUCGGUCAGAAAAUAAAGUUUUUGUAAAACAGAAGCAUCUUGCUCUCAAAAUCUGAUCUCCAAAAAAACUUAACAACUAAAACUAAAAACAUUCCAGGAAGAGCGCAAAGCUCGAGUUGAGGAGGAAAAGCGCAAGAAAGAAGAAGAACGAAACAAGCGUUCUGCAGCCAUCGGCGGUUCAUUCAACCCCGCUGGCGGCAGGAAUUUUACCAUCCCGAAAAAAUCCGAGAAGUCAAACGACAAAUUUGGCAACAUUGUACAGGCCAAGCAAGAGAUGGGCAUGACCAAGGACCAGCAGGACGAGGCCAAGCGGGUAUUUAUUCGAUUCUGAUUUUCGUUUUCAAUUUUUGAAGUCCAGGUUUUCAUGGCGGCGAUCCGCAAGGGAAUCCCAGAAUCUGGAGAUAUCUUGCCAGCCGACCUGAAGGCUAAGAUCAAGGAGUUGCACCAGCGCAUUUGCAAGCUCGAGGCGGACAAGUACGACCUCGAGAAGCGUCAUGAGCGACAGGCUUAUGAUGUGAGGAAAAAUAGGAAAUUUUUUGACUGGAAAUAGGAUGUUUUCAGCUGAAAGAGCUGAACGAGCGUCAGCGUCAAGUUGCCCGUCACGCUGCGCUCAAAAAGGGCAUCGACCCUGCUGAAGCCAGCAACUCUCGCUACCCGGUAAUUUCGCGAACUGUGCAAUUUGUUACUGUCUGACCUCUCAGUUCUUCUCUAUUUCUUUGACUUGAAAAAGCGAAAAAAAGGGAGCAAGGCAGAAUUUUUCAAGUUGUGUUGAAGGGGGUACAACGGUUUUCUUCUAAAUUUGGUACGAAUGGCUUCUUACUCGAAUGGCUAUGCUUGGCUAUUUUUCAGUUCACUCACCACUGGCUGAUGAAAAAAAGCUAUAGAAAAUUUUUUUUUUCUGAAAAAAGUUUACUGAAGCUACAUGAAAACAAAAAAAAUUCAUGAAAUGUGUGCGACAAAAACUCAUUUUUAGCAUGAGAUGCGCUUUUUCAAGUACUGGAAAGACGAAUGAUUGGUUAAAAAAGUGAAAUAAGAAGAAGCUUUAUUUUUCUCAACCAAAGCCCGUGGUGAACAGUUUUUUUUUCUUCUGAAAUUUUCGUUUUGACUUUAGUAGUCCUCUAACUUAGACUUCCUUCUUUUUUAAUGAACUCCUCUGCACUAACCGCUUUUUUCAGCCGAAGCUUCCACUAAUCUCGAAAUUUGAGCGAAAGACCGACCAUCGCUCUUUCGGUGAACGAAAAGCUCUCUUUUCUACAGUAAGUGUUUUUCCAGGCCAAAGUCCAAAUCGUGUCCAAGUACGAUCGUCAAAUCGAUCGCAGAAACUUCCGUGAACGUCGCUCUGUCUUUGAUAAUGUAUGUAGUUUGGUCAUAGUUCGACUGUCCUUGUCUUUUGUCUUUUUUGUGUUUGAGUGUGGAUUUUUAGAAAAAUGGCUACCCAUGCUUCCCAGGAGUUCCACCACCACCAGCCAUUUAUGAAAAAGUCAUCUUGGCCGUCGAGGCGCCGGAAGAGGUUAGAUUUUCGGUUUUUUGUGAGAAAAAAUACACGAGAAUUGUUUAUAAUCGAAAAAAAUAAUUUUUAAAAAUACAGUCUUUGUUAUCAUCCGUUAUCAAAUUUAAUUUUGAGAAAAGUGUAGGUCACGAUCCAGAUGACUCAAGAUGACUUCAAGAUUAUUGACUCAAGAUGCCCUGGUCGCAAAAAAAGGCUCAAACUCAAAAAAAAGUUUCAAGGCGCGUCCGACUGUUAACGGCUCGCGCAGAAAAAGCUUGAAGAUUUCUGAAGAAUGCAGCUUCUGAGCAUUUCCGAAUGCGACCAAGGCUUCAAAAAAAUUUUGUAAAAUCAAGAUCAUGGUUAGACUUUCGAGAAACAGAAAUAAUUUGUAUAUUGGAAAUUCCGCUAAAGAAAUGAAGACAUGACCAUAUAGUUAGCAGAUUCACACAAUAACUGUAAAGAACUUUAAAAAAAUGGAAAAAGAAUAAUCAGAGAAAUGAAGUGAGUAAAUUGCAGGAGGCCGCGGCUGAGGUUCGUCAUCCACCUUCCUUUUCCUUCUGAAAUUUUUUCAAAACGCGUGACCUAUGCGUUAACUUGUUUCAGUCACAGAAAGAUUGAUUUUAUCGAGAAAAAAAUUACGAAAUUUCUGAAUUUUAAAUCUUCUCAAAAAUAUUGCUUUUGUUAAUCUCAAAAAAAUUUGGAGUUUGCUGAAUUCCUUACAAUUUGAGAGAAUUUUCAGGAAGAAGAGUGA